UUAAUCCUUCCCGCCACCUCUCUCUCCACAAAACUAUAACCAAAUUACGUUAAUUCAGUUUUUUUAAUAACCAGUUCAUCACACUAAUCGUAAUUAACACUAAUCAAACAAAUAUUAUAAUCUUAUAUUUAAGAACAUCUCACUAUGCCAUCCUCAAAUCAAAUCAACUUCACAAAAUUUUCAAUUUUAUUUUCAAAUAUUAAAAAAAAUGGAAUCAAGUUGUUGUGGUGAUUACGUGGCGGUUGCUUCAUCGCCGGAGAUGGCGGCGGUGGUGACAGAAUCCGAAUCAAUUGCGUUGAGACUUCUAUGUAUUGUCUUCAUCGUUCUUUUUUACGGUUCGAUCAUUCUCCUCUGUUUUGUAAUGUACCCGAAGCUACCGAAGGAGGAAAUCGGCGACGAAGAAGCCGGAGAGCCGUUACCACCCGCCGUGAGACUCACGAAAUGCGGCGGAGGAGAUGGUGGUUGUGGUGACGGUGACGGAGUUAGAGCAGACAUGUGCGUGAUUUGUUUGGAGGAUUUUAAAGUAAACGACGUCGUUAGAGUUCUUGUGAGAUGCAAACACGUGUUCCACGUGGAGUGUAUUGAUUCGUGGUGUUUUUAUAAGCUGACGUGUCCGGUUUGUAGAGCACCGUUUCAGUGGUUUGGUGAUUGGUAG